AUGCCGAACACUGCACUUCCCGCCCAGGAGACCCCAUCCUCCAAUCAGCAAUUCGCGGACCCAAACCGAGAUCAGAGUGCAGAGUAUUCCUCGGAUUCUGAUAACGAUCAUGUUGGACUCAAUGGCUCCACAAGAGCCUUGAAGCGAAAGCGGCCCCUCACUGUCUCGUGCGUACCUGAAUCACCUCCGGCUACCCGUGUUUGCUUAUGGAACAUAACCCCGGCUAACCCUACCAAGAUGCGAACUAUGCAAGCAACGAAAAUUCAAAUGCGACCGAAUACAACCGAGCUGUGGCUGGUGUACCCGAAAUGGCCAGCAAUGUGA